ACCUCUCAGGGAAGACGUUCACAACAUCCAAGAUGGCGGCCUCGGUGGGUUCCCUCGUUUCGUACGAUGCCAAUUCAGACUCUGAUAACGAGACAGAAUCCAUACCAGAGCCAGAAAAAGUAGAUCCAGAUGCGUUUUCACAUCUACAGCCUCUAAAAUCCGGGAAAACGACAUCUUUGGUUGUUCUUAACUCUGCUCCUGAAGUCGCCGUGAAGGAGGAUGUCAUGACAGGUACCCAUCUGGACCCCUCUCUCAAAGAAGUCAACUAUAAUCCCUCGUAUGAAACGAUGUUCGCGCCAGAGUUUGGCCCAGUGAAUCCAUUCAGGACUCAACAAAUGGCGGCUCCAAGGAACAUGUUGUCGGGGUACGCAGAGCCAGCGCACCUUAAUGACUUCAUGUUCGAACAGCAGAGGAGGACGUUUUCCACCUAUGGCUAUGCUCUGGACCCUUCAGUGGAUACAAGCCUGGUGUCAGCCAGCAGUUACAUAGGUGCAGUGGAAGAGGCCGAAAAAAACAAAGGACAGACGGUGUUUGAGACGGGGCCAAAGAAGUCGGAGAAGCGUAAGAAGAUAAAGGGUGGAGAGGCGGCAGACCUGGAAGCGUUCCUGGGGCCAUGGGCUAAGUACCAGGAUGAGAAGGACGGGGCCAAGCCUUCAGAGGAGGAGCAGAAGGAGCUGGAUGAGAUUCUAGCAAAACGGCAGAAGAAAGGAAGGAAUGAGGAAGAGGCACCUGGAGAGGAGAAGACUAUUCUUCAUGUUAAGGAGAUGUACGACUACCAGGGUCGCUCGUACCUGCAUGCUCCGCAGGAUGUGGGCAUCAACCUGCGCUCGGCGGACGCACCAGACAAGUGCUACCUGCCCAAGAAACAGCUGCAUGUAUGGACCGGACACACAAAGGGGGUCAGUGCGAUCCGAUUGUUUCCUGCUUCAGCUCAUCUCCUGCUCUCUUGUUCCAUGGACUGCAAGAUCAAGUUAUGGGAAGUCUACGGCGAUCGCAGAUGCGUACGAACGUUUAUCGGUCACAGUAAGGCUGUACGUGAUGUCUGUUUUAAUAACGUUGGUACCCAGUUCCUCAGCGCCGCUUAUGACCGCUACCUGAAGCUGUGGGACACGGAGACCGGUCAGUGUAUAUCUCGCUUCACCAAUAGGAAAGUGCCCUACUGUGUGAAGUUCAACCCAGAUGAGGACAAACAAAACCUGUUUGUGGCCGGCAUGUCCGACAAGAAGAUUGUACAGUGGGAUGUCCGCACUGGUGAGGUGGUGCAGGAGUAUGAUAGGCACCUGGGUGCGGUCAACACCAUCACGUUUGUGGACGAGAACCGCCGCUUUGUCAGCACCUCAGACGACAAGAGUCUCCGCGUAUGGGAAUGGUAUGUAUUUACAGCCGUGUGUGUGUGUGCGGGCGGACGUACACGCACACAUAUUCAUAGGUUAGUGGGCGCAUAUUUUGGAGUUUAUCAAAGUUUCAGUUGAGCAAAGAGCAUCGUUAGCCAAUCUUUGAGAGAGAUGUAACAGUCUGUCUGUAUGAAUUUCAAACAUUCAGAAUUUCAGUUCUUGCACUGAAGUGGCUCUUCAUA